UUUAGCUUGCGAGGAAGCCGGGGUACCUGGAGAGAACCCACGCACGCUCAGCGAGAACAUGCAAAAUCCAUGCAGAAAGACCCCGGGUCGGAAAUCGAACCCAGAACCUUCUUGCUGCAAGGCACUGCACCACUGAGCAGCCCGCCUUAAUUUCAUAAUCUCCUAAUUUUUUUUCUAAUUUCCUAAUGCUACCUGCAGGACGUUCUUACUUAUCAUUGCUAUCCCAACCCAUCGCAGUCAUCUAGUUCAUGUCCAUGCUAUCUUACAUUUAAGGCACUGAAUUGCAACUAAAUGCUAUGUAAAAAGAACCUGCAUUCAGCUGUUGUUUCCAGAUGUAUUGUUAAUCUGUUCUAUCAAACUUUUCUCCUUGUGUUUCAUAGGUAGCUGAGAAGUGUCUAAGUCUGGGAGCCCAGAAAGCUUUUUAUAUAGCAGCAGACAUGGCCAGUGAAUCUGACCCUGACAAGGUGGUUGAUUUUGCUCUGGAGAAACUGGGAGGUUUGGACUACUUGGUUCUAAACCACAUUGGCCCGACUCCCUUUGGCGUGUGGGAGGGAGAUGUAGAACAUACCAGGUGGUUAAUGAAGAUAAAUUUCUUUAGCUACACUCAGAUGGCCUGGAGAGCUUUGCCCUCUCUUGAGCAAAGUAAAGGAUCUUUGGUGGUUGUUUCAUCACUAUUAGCUAAAAUGACAAGUCCUUUCACUUUACCAUACACCUCAACAAAGUUUGCAUUAAAUGGAUUCUUUGGGUCCCUUAAUCAUGAACUGGCAAUGAAGAAGAGCAAUGUUUACAUCUCAAUAUGCACACUGGGACUCAUUGACACUGAAUCAGCUAUGGAAAAAGUCAGGGGCGUCACAAAGAUACCAGCCUAUCCUGCCACAGACGCUGCUUUAAACAUCGUCAUUGCAGGAGCAACAAGACAGCCGGACCUUUACUACCCUUCGUUCACAUAUGUUGUGACUGUAUUCAAAGAGAUGUUUCCUUCGACAACAAACUACGUCAUCCAGAACUCCUACAAUUAUGUUCCAUAAAAAAAAUAUGUGACAGAAGUGCUGACAUAUUGUGCUGGUUGUUGGAGGGAUACUGCUCUUUCUUCAUCCAUUUACAUGUUAAAAAUGACACAAUGAUCGCAGAUUGCUACACAAGC